AUGGCUUCUAAAAAGCUUUACAACUGGUACUGUGCCAUGGUGGCCGCGCUCUGCAUGGUUCUCUAUGGUUACGAUGCCUCCGUCUUCAAUUCUGUACAGGGGUCACCGAACUGGUUGGACUGGGUCAACCUUGACCCAGAUCAUAAUACUUACAUGCUUGGACUGAUCAACACAACUUACACCAUUGGUGCCAUUGUCUCUGGCUUUUUCAUGGGCGGGCCCCUCGCUGAUUACAUGGGUCGCCGCUGGGGAAUGUGGAUGGGAUGCUUUAUCACCAUCAUUGCCACCUUCAUGCAGACAUUCACUCCCCACCACAAGAUUGGCGUCUUCAUUGCAGGCCGGGUCCUGAUCGGAAUCGGUCAGGGUCUUGCCCUCACGGCGGCCCCCGUGUACAUCGGCGAAGUGACACCAGCUGAGAUUCGUGGGAGGGUCAUGACUAUCUGGCAGAUGAAUUAUUCAGUGGGCAGCUUCAUAGCCUACUGGGUCAACUAUGCUUCAUCGAACAGGCGAGAGCACCUCGGCCAAUGGGACUGGAAGAUUGUCAUCAUCUUCCAGAUUCUCGUGCCCUUCAUUGUCUGUGUCACCGUGCCGUUCGUCCCCGAGACACCCCGCUGGCACAUUCAGAAGAAUGGGAACAUAGAGGGUGCUCGGGCCUCCCUAGCUCGUAUUCGAUCAACAGAGAAGGAGAUUGAAGAUGAGCUAAUCGCCAUCCGUGGAGCCGUCGAAUUUGAGAAGGAAGCCUUCAAGGGCUAUUCAUAUUCAGCUCUGUUCCGCGACCCCUCUGUUCGCAAGCGGCUCUACCUUGCUUUCGUUAUCAACGUCGGACAACAACUCUCUGGGCAGGGCACACUAAACUCAUACUCGACUGCCAUCUACAAGAACGUCUGGAAGUCAUCCCAAAAGAUCAACUUGAUUAACGCCCUCAACGCUACAUUCAGCAUUCUUUUCACUCUGAACGCCAUCUGGACAUCUGAUCGCUACGGUCGUCGGUGGUUGCUCAUGGUCGGUGCCGUAGGAAUGGGUGUCUGCAUGCUUACCGUCUCGGUCGUGGGUCUCACGACCCCAGGUGAAGAUACCAAGUCUGAGCCCGUCGGCAUCGCGAUGGUCUUCCUUCUUUUCCUUUUCGCAUUCUUCUAUAAGCCGUCCUGGGGAGCUACCGUGUGGAUGUGGACUUCGGAAGUAUUCUCGGUUAACAUCCGUGCCCAGGCUGUGGGCAUGUGUUCGCAAAUGCAGAACGUUGCUAACACGAUUUUCCAACAAUUCUUCCCGACCUUUUUGGCCAAUACGGGCCUUCGCUGCCUCUUCUUUUUCAUGGGAAUAAACUUUUGUCUCGCCUUAUUUGUCUAUUUCUUCAUUCCUGAGACCAAACAGGUGCCACUAGAGGAGAUUGAUGUACUCUUCGGUGCUGCUUCCCACGCUCAGAGCGGCAGUGAUAUGCUCGGAAUCAAGGUCAAGGAAGAAAGUGCGAGGUUUGACGACGUCAAGGACUUGUCCCAUGUUGACCAUUCCGAAGGUCGCAGGGAUGUAUAA